UCUGAAACAGCCGCCUGGUGCUGACAAACCUGCAGCCACUCGCAGGGAUGGGACACCGUGAGUGACAUCUCUGCUCCAUCCAUUCAGAGGCUGUGGGCCGGCCCUUCACCAACGCUACAAAAGCGGGUCCCAGAGCCGGCUCCGUCAUUCAGUCCCUGUAUUUCACACUGUGCUCCCACUGUUGAAGUGGAAUGGCCCGGACCAAGCAGACAGCGCGUAAAUCGACCGGAGGGAAAGCUCCUCGCAAACAGUUGGCGACCAAAGCAGCGCGUAAGAGCGCUCCAGCCACGGGCGGAGUGAAGAAGCCUCAUCGCUACAGGCCCGGCACCGUGGCUCUCAGGGAGAUCCGGCGCUACCAGAAAUCCACCGAGUUGCUCAUCCGCAAACUGCCCUUCCAGCGCCUGGUGCGGGAGAUCGCUCAGGACUUCAAGACAGACCUGCGCUUCCAGAGCUCGGCCGUCAUGGCCCUGCAGGAGGCCAGCGAGGCUUACCUGGUGGGGCUCUUUGAGGACACCAACCUGUGCGCAAUCCACGCCAAGCGAGUCACCAUCAUGCCCAAAGACAUCCAGCUGGCCCGCCGCAUCCGCGGGGAGCGCGCCUAAACUCCACCUCUCCACCAACAACAAACGGCUCUUUUAAGAGCCACU